AGAAGCAGCCAGGAAAGACACCACGGCAAACAGCUUUCACUUCACACGGCACAGUCUGCAGAGGGGAUGUGAACCAUUACUGGGCACAGCUGCUAUGGCCCAGGUGCAGCUCAACACCUGGCUGAUCCUGUGCAUGUUUGCUGGAUCCCAGAGGCUCACAGAUGAACAUCCUUACAGCAGGGACGAUGUCAGCACCAACGCACCUCGCCGUGGCCCAGAGGACGCCGACGUCAUGUUAGAGAUGCUCUGGGGGAGGCUGGACAUUCAGGCCAACGGGACAAUCCAGCUGCGGGACGAAGAGCUGGCCUCCCUGCGCACAGCACGGUGGUUCAUGCAGAUCUUAGAGCGCGAAGUUCCCAAAACACCGAUGGAGAUUGAGCAGCAACUGAGAUAUUACUCACAGACGGACACCCCUUUGCCUCUAACAGAGUUUGACCGUCUGCUUUUCACCAGUGUUUACUGCGCCUAUCAGAUCCGCUCGGUUCAGGGUCUGGAUAAAAAUCUCUGGAUCCGUUUUUUCUCUCAACUAGCUGAUGAAAUCUUUCGUGAUCUGUGCAAGGGGUUCUGCCCUGCAAAUUCCACCCUCCUCCUGGCUUCCUGGCCCUCGAAGGAAAAGCCUUCACAUUUAGCAUCUCUGAAACAUUUUUAUCGCUCUAAUCUGGCCAGGACCAAGAGAGACACUUAGUAAGGGAAACAACCAUGGGAAGGUGUGCAUCUGACCUCAGCUGCAAUCUGGGCUGUUUCAAAUGCUGACAAUCCUUCCACAUUAUUCCGGACUUUGCAGAAAUAUGCCACAUCUUUCAUCCAGCUCUCUGUAUUUAUACACAACAUUUUAUUUUUAGAUAGAACAGGACACAACUCAAAAUUGCAUCUCACACUUCCCUUUUUCUCUUCUUUUUUUUUUAAGUGGGCUGGGCUGAUGUAGGCAGUGCUACAUAGAAGUGUUAUCUAUCUUGAUCACUGAUGCUUUCUAGGGAGUCGUCCUGGCAGGUUUUUUCCAGGAUGUUACACUGGUGUCUUAGCAGAAUUUAUCUUGAAUAAUUCAGUUUGGCGUCCUCUAUUCCUUCUGUGGUUUCAGCCAAACGCAGUCUCUUUUCUCCUCUCCAGUAAUCAGCUAAGCAGAUGCUGCUGUGUUUCACAAAACAGGUAGUGCAUUUAAUUUCAGCUUUCUGGUUAUGCAAUUCACAUUUUAUGUGCCCAAAGUAAUUUUCCACAUAAUGUGUUCAUUUUUCUUAAAAGAUCAACCAAAACUGUAUGUAUUCUACAAAGCUUCCUUGUAUUUGUAUAUUAUAUUUAUAUAUGUAUACUGCUUUGUGUCAGCUAGCAGUUUGGAAUAUACUUUUUAUACCUCAUUUAAAUUCCCAAGGAUAGUGACCUAGUUAUUUCUACAGCAGAUUUUACCUCUUCUGAAGUUCUUUUUCGUCCUGCUAUGGCACUUUACAAGACAAACAUAACAAACACACAAUCUUUAUACUCAAAAUCAGAAACAUAAUUAUUUUAUAGAAUGAGAUUCUUAACUUUCUCUCUCUUACACAUUGCUGUGUGGAAUUAAAUAAAUAUGAUUAUCUACACAGGAGGGUUUUGAUUUUUUGUUUGUUUCUAUUGGGUUUCCUGCUGCCACAUUAAUUUUGAAUAUUCAUUGCACAUGCAGAUGGUGGGAUCUGUAAUUUCUUUUCUAUCAAUACACUCUUAAUUUUCCAUGCUGAAAAAGGAAGUGUAUGACAUUCAAAGAGGGAACUGCUAGCUUUUGACCUAGUUUAUUUUUCUCCAAGCCACUGCUGCCCAGCAGAUGGAGAGACAAAAUAGUGAGAUAGGAAUAAGAAGCCUGGAAGCAAGAAGACACAGAGAAUGGUUUUAGAGGUCAGGUUAGGGCUACAAAAGGCUACAGAACAGAUUUAUACC